CAAAGCUGUCAUAUGAAUAUAAACGCCAAUGGCUACAUUUUAAUUAUAUUUGUACUUGGUCAAAGAAAUAGAAAUUAAUUAUUUUAUUAUAUUUAAGGAUUUCGCGUGGUGAUUUUCGUUGUGUUUACAACUUAAUUAUAUAAAUAUGGUAAAUUUGUGAUGACUUAAUUACGUUUGUUUAUAUAUUUUUUUACGUGUCCAUAAAAAUCUUCGAAAAUGGAUGGUAUCGGCAACGAAAUUGGCCUUAAGAUGCGGUCCGCAAUCAAGGCCAAGCUGACUGAACUGGGCUGUUAUGUUGAUGAUGAGCUUCCUGAUUAUGUGAUGGUGAUGGUGGCAAACAAACGUACUAGAGCCCAGAUGGAGGAUGACUUGCAAUUAUUCCUCGGAGAUAACACUGAAAUGUUUGUUAAUUGGUUACACCAAGUGCUUAAGAAACUUCAAGAAGUCACCGUGACUCCAUUAAAGGCUGAGCUUGAGAAAAAAAAGGAACGGUCAGGGUCCAAAGACAGAAAAGACAAAGACAAAAAAGACAAAGUAAAAUUAAAAAAGGGUGAAUCUUCAAAAAAGUCAAAGAAAAAAGAAAAAGAAAAGGCGCGUAAGAAAGAAGAAAAGAAAUCCAGUAAAAGUAAGAAAAAGAGCAAACAUGAGAUGAUUCGUCCAAAUAUUCCACCAUUACUCAUGAAUAUAGAGAAAGAUUCUGAACCAUCUAUUACAGACGUAUUUGCUGGUCAGAUUUUGAAGAAUCAUGGAAUAAAUCUCGAGUCAUAUAAAGAUGAUUUAAAAGUAACUGAGACAAAAACAGCUUUAAAGGAAAUAAAGCGGCCCAUAGUGCCUAUUAUUGAUCCGGCAACCAUAUCUUCACAGUCUGAAGAUACUACACAGUCAGAAGAUAAUGACAAAAAUACAGAUAACAUUAUUAAUAAUGCUCCUAAACCAAAUAAUGAAGAUAAUAUUCAGGAAAUGAAUAAGAUAGAGGCAAAAAUACAAGGCUUGAGACAAAAAUUGGUUGAGCAGUUAGACUCCAUGUCAGACGAUGAGGAUUUUUUGAAUAUUAGAACUGAAGCUGAAGAACUUAUGAAUGAUUUCGCCGAAGAUGUUUUACAGGAAAUAUCUCAGCCACCGCCGGUUACCCCCCCAUUAAGUACUAAUAAAACACUCUAUCCCAUCCAAAAACCCAUACCAGAGAUCCAAAAACCAAAGGACACAGAUAAAGAACCAGAAACCCUGCCCCAGAUAGAAUUGAAUCUACCUAAAAGACCGAUCCGCGAGAGAUUGGGUGCACGUGAUGUACCAGUUCAGGAAGUCAAAGAAAAAGAAUCGACAAAAAAAGCAGAGAGUCCUGAAAGAUUUACACCCGAAAAGGAUAUUGAAUCUCGACCAAAGCCCAGAUCUUCAAGGAGAAUAGGAAGCCAGAGUGACUCACAAAAGAAACCCUCAGUGUCUGAGGAAAACCAUGAAAAAGAGCCCACAUCGAAGAGACUCACUUCAAAGGUGUCGGCGCUGGGCCGGCGCGGCGCGUCCGUGGGGCGCGUGCGGCCGCGGCCCCGCGUGGGCGCGCCCGCCUCCAGCCUGCUGCUGCGGGCCGUCGCCGACGCGCACAAGAGCCUGCUCAACAUCCCGCCGAAAAUAGAACACGGGUCGCAGAAGAUAAAGCGUGCGCUGGUGCUGCCGAUGCGGCGUUGUAUGGAAAAUCAGAAAAUUGUCAUACAAGUGCCCGGUGACACACACUCGGACAGUCGGGGAGAUGCUGUUAGCUUGCGCGAUAUAGACAACGAAGGAGACAACAUGAGCUCAAAAAACACAAAGGAGGAUGAAUUUGUACCGCAGUCUAUAACUAAAGUAAUACACAACGUUAAUAAUAAGGGGAAAAGACCGUCGAGCCGUCUAGACGACAAUAUCAUGGAUACUAUCACAAUUCAUAACACCACAGUUGAUAAAGACAAAGGUACCCAAUUCAUAGUCACAAUGGAUGGCUAUCAUCCGAAUGCAUUCCUUGCAAAGAAACUUCUGACGGAAGGCAUCCUAGAUGAAGACGACGCAAAAGAAACCGGGAAACCAGAACAGAAGGCAACACAAAAACAAACCAAAGAUGCUGGCAUCGAAACAGAAAACAAUAAAGAAACGGGAACUUCGAUUAGUCUUUUAAAAAAAAGGUUAAGUAAUACGAGCGAAGAAAGCAACACUCAAGUCAUUAUCAAACAAGAUCACGACUUAAUUGAAAUGAGAAAAAGCCCAGAGGAAAUAGAAUCUGUAAACAAACUUGAUGACUCCCCUCCGGUUAAAAAACGAAAAGCUUCACCAAUAAUAUUUGACGUUGAUAAGAAAGAGAAAGAUAGAGUGAGAGAGAGAACGGUCAGUGCUAGCAGCGAUAGUCACGUGACCUUGACUUCAACUUCUAAUACCCAUAAAUACGACGACUUGCCUCCAUUGAGCCAAGCGGAGCGCAAGGCGGUGUGGUGCCGCUCGUUCCCGCUGUGCCGCUUCGGCCCGUCGUGCGCGUUCCAGCACCCGCGCUGCAAGUUCGCGGCGGCGUGCACGCGGCGCGGCUGCUGCUACUCGCACGCGCCGCCCGCCGAGCCGCCCGCCGAGCCGCUCGCCACCGCGGCGCCGCUACUCGCAUCCCACGUAGUACCAGCAGCGAAUUACAAGUCAAUAUCCGCGGUGGUGCCACCCAGUAUGUGCAGGUUCUACCCAAACUGCGUCAACCCCACCUGCCACUAUUACCACCCUAAACCAUGCAGAUUCGGCAAGGCCUGCACAAAUAAACUUGAGUGUAAUUUCUAUCAUAAUGAUGUUCCAUCAAAAUGGAAAUAUUCUGUUUAAUAAUAUAAAAUAUAUUUAGUGGA